GAGAUAAAAACCCUAAAGGCAUAAAAGUUGGAGCUUGAGGACAGGAACUUAAGCGUGCUCUUCUCACUGGGUUAAGUAAACCCUAUUUUGUCACCCUAUCUUUUCCAGCUGUAGUUGCAGUCGAAGUCGCGGCAUAUCCAGUUUAAUACUCCUACCGUAAAGAUGAACAAGGAAAGGCUCAUGAAAAUGGCUGGUGCAGUCCGCACUGGUGGGAAGGGUAGCAUGAGAAGAAAGAAGAAGGCUGUCCACAAGACAACCACCACCGACGACAAACGAUUGCAGAGCACCCUUAAGAGAAUAGGAGUGAAUGCUAUUCCUGCAAUUGAGGAAGUCAACAUAUUCAAGGAUGAUGUUGUUAUCCAGUUUAUUAAUCCCAAAGUUCAAGCUUCUAUUGCUGCGAACACCUGGGUUGUUAGUGGCUCUCCUCAGACAAAGAAAUUGCAGGAUAUUCUCCCUGGAAUCAUCAACCAGUUGGGACCUGAUAACUUGGACAACUUGAGGAAAUUGGCAGAGCAAUUCCAGAAGCAGGCACCUGGUGCUGGUGAUGGUACCGGUACUGGUGCAGUUGUCACUCAGGAAGAGGAUGAUGAGGAGGUACCAGAUCUUGUUCCUGGUGAGACUUUUGAAGCUGCAGCAGAAGAAGGGCAAGAUACUGCUAAAUAGUGUUUUUCUCUUUAAUUUUAUUGUGAUAUGUUUUGGUGGUUUUUGGUGCGCUUACCUUGUACUCUUAAUGGUUUGGUUCAGAGUAAACCAUUUUGUUUUCUAGAAUUCCUAUUAUUAUUGGCAAUGGAUUAGAUGCAUUUUUCCCAAA